AUGAACCCACUGUAUCUUCUGCCCCUGCUGGUAGCCGGCUGUGUUGCCGCUCCUUCGGGAUCCGUGGCCAUCCACGCCGCCGCCCUGCCCUACGCUGGCAUUGCCACCGUAGGACACCAGGCGGUGCCCUUGGCCACACCUGCCGUGGCGGCCGCAGUCCCGGGAUACUCUGUUGACGGCGAGAUUCGCCAGGUGACUCAGACUUUCCCCGAGCCUGAACCAGUGGCUGUCGACGUCAAGAGUUUGCCCGUGCUUUCUGCCCCCGUCCCAUUGGCCAUCGCCCCUCAGGUGGCGGUCAAGUCCGUCGCUGUGGCUCCCGUGGCUCCCAUCGUGGCUCCCGCCGUAGCUCCCGCCGUAGCCCCCGCCGCCGUGGCCUACUCCAACGUGAACCUGAACGUGCCCGCACCCGUGCCCGCCGGCGAGGCCCCUGCCCCCGAACUCCUGGUCCAGCGCACGCCCGUCAAAGCCCUCGGUCGCCCCGUCAUCUCCUACACUCCUCAGGUCACCGAGGUUCGCCCCGAACUCAAGAUCAUCGAGAAGACCUACGACGUGGCCGUGCCCAAGCCCGUCUACGAACCAAGGAAGUCACCCCCAUCCAGCACAAGUACACGGUGUCGUUGCCCAAGGUGCUGUUGUCGGCGCUGCCCACGGUGUCGUUGCCCAAGGUGCUGUUGUCGGCGCUGCCCCCGUCACCUACGGAGCUACCCAUGGUGCUGUUGUCGGCGCUGCCCCCGUUACCUACGGAGCUACCCACGGUGUCCUUGCCCACGGUGCCCUUCGUUGGCGCUGCCCCCGUCUAUGCCGUCGAAGACUGAGUCUCCAACGAGAGGCGAUGUUAGCUCCUGCGGGAGAUUGACUCGCAUUCUCGCUGUAAAUACUGUUCUCCUUUAAUUAAGGAGUAAACGAUGAUUUCUUUUUUUUUUUUUAUUCAGAAACAACAAUAAAACUAAACAGAACUUAU